UCUAUAUUCAGGCCGUUGAAGGCAUGACGAGUCUACAUAAGCUGGCUCGUAGGGGGAUCAUAAAGGCCGGUCGGGGGAAGAACGGGCAGGGGAAAAGCAAAGGAGGCAAACGAGGCAACGAUGUCCUGCUCCAGGUUCCCGUUGGCACUGUCGUUCGCGAAGUCGAUCGUUACGACCCGGUCACGGAGGAAAUCGUGCGCCGGAAACGUGAGCGCAAGGAAGCUGCAGCAGCCGCUGCUGCUGCGGCAGAGGAGGGCGCAGAAGAGAGUGAUGAAAUAGAUGAGCUUGGGUUACCGUCUAUACGACAUGAUCGCUGGGUUCUUUACCCUGGUGCCAACCCGUCCGAUUACCUGACUACGGUGUUUCCGAAUAACCCGCCCCGGAGACAACAUAUCGCUGCACUGGAACCGCAGGCGCCGAUCUACCUUGAUCUAUCGCAGCAUAUGGACAAGCCGAUCUUGUUGGCUGCUGGAGGUGCUGGUGGCUUGGGUAACCCACACUUUGUGACUCGCAAUAUGAACCGGCCUACGUUCGCAUCUAGAGGUGAAGGCGGCAUGCGCCUGGAGCUUGAGUUUGAGCUGAAGCUGCUUGCGGAUGUUGGACUCGUGGGGAAGCCCAAUGCAGGAAAGAGUACAUUACUUCGGUCAUUGACCAACAGUCGCACCCGGGUCGGAAACUGGGAGUUCACGACGCUUUCUCCCAAUAUUGGUACGGUCGUCAUCGACAAUAAUAAAGGGCGACCGUUGGUGGAAUCCAAAGGAAAGGCCCGGCGGACGAACUUCACUAUUGCCGACAUUCCAGGUCUGAUCGAGGAUGCUCAUCUGGAUAAGGGCCUUGGUCUAGGCUUUCUCCGGCAUAUUGAGCGCGCAGGCAUCCUGGCGUUUGUGGUUGAUCUCAGCGCAGGUGACCCUGUGCAAGGACUGAAGGGACUCUGGCACGAACUGGGCGAAUACGAGCGCGUCCGUGACGUUGAAGAGUCGAUGAAAGUUGAGGGAGAUGAUUUAACUUGGAAUCCGCCCACUCAUGGUCUUCCUGAACUUCAGUCCGAAAGUGCAAUUCAGGAGCUUAACAAGGUUGCGUCAAAAGCUAAAGACGAACUUCCCGCUCUAAAUCUUUCUCCAAUUCACACCAAGCCAUGGUUUGUGGUAGCCACCAAGGCCGAUCUCCCGGAGACUCAAGAACGCUUCGAGACACUGCGUGACUAUCUUGCCGCCGUAAAGAACGGCGAAGAGGAACAUCCGGGCGGACAUCCCUAUGGACGGAGAGACAAGGUCUGCGCGGUUCCUGUCAGUGCCAUUAGGGGCGAGGGAGUUGCGGGAAUUCCAAAGCUUGUUGUGGAUUUGCUCGAUUAAGCAACGGCAAUCAGAAUUGAUAGUACUAAAUGUGCCUAAAAGGUGUAUAUAAAAAGAGUUUGUAACAUAGGGUCGGAGUUGAUGGUUUGGCGGUUGUAAU